AUGAUGUCAACGAUGACGGGUAGAGGUUUAUUAUCGAGUCAAAACAAGGAAAAAUCCGAAAAGUUUAAUAUUAAAAAAGUUAACUACGACUUUGAUUGCCUAAACGGUUCAACAAAGUCUUUGAAAAACAGAGGAAUUUUCCUUCCAGAAAAUUCUUACAGAUAUACAUCUGAAAAACCUAUUUUUACCGGUUUAGAUGUCAAAAUAAAUCAAUUGUGA